UUCCCUUUCAUUGAGAUGACAUUCAAUUUCAAAAUUUGUGAGCAGCCAUGGUGCAUACUUUUUACUGAAUUUUUAAAUCACAAUGAACUUCCCCCCCGCUCCUCCCCGCCGAUCAGUCCUUGAUCGCCCCUUGAUCAACUAGCUAAUUGUCUGGAAAAUCUCUCAUGAUUUGAUUUGAUCGGGGUUUUUAGUUUCUGUCUUAGUAAACAUGUUCUAUGAGGCGCAAUUUUCGAAAGCCAAUUCCUUUCUAUCACCUUCCAUCAAAUUUAUACUUGUUGAUGCCAGGGAGGAUCUAACCUACAGUGAAGCAAACAACUUUGUCACACCAUGCCUGACAUUUAACUGGGAUUAUAUUUUGCUUUACAGUGGCUUGUCCGCAGAUAUGGACUUCCAUGAGCACAACCAUUCGAUCUGGAAGAAAUUUUGGUCAAUUUUUAUUGACAGUGGUCGUAAACUGCAGGAAUGCAGAAGUCCACCAAUUCAUUUUUGGCAGUGGACAAAUUGUGUAGAGGAAAUACAGAGCUGCUACAUACAACUGCAGAGUGAUAAAUCCUUAAUAAUUCCUUUGAAAAGUGCACUUUUUCUGACGUCAAUCUUUGAGAACGCUGUAGGAAAUGUCUUCCAGCAAUGUACAAACUCAAAUGUCCCAUUUCUUCUUAAAGAUUUAUUGAAGUCAGUAGAACUUCUCAGCGUUUUUGGAAAGUUUCCUAUGUUCAUGGCCAAAGCAUUGCUAGGAACACCACUUGCUUUCAAUAUCAGAAAUGUGUGCUGGCAUGGGUUCCCUGCACCUGAAGAAGUGCAUUUUGAUAUUUCCGCUGCCUUAGUUGUAUUAAUUACAUCCAUAGGAGAAAUACUUUGUGACUCCAAUAAGAUCACUACUUUUUCAUUAAGACCCAGAAUGGAUGCUGUCACAUGGGCCACUUUCUUACCUCUUUUGACCAGCACUGGAUUUCCAAAUUUAUUGGAACAUAUUGAUGAUGUCAGAGAGGUCAUACAAAAGAGCCACUUCAUUCCAAAGACUCAUUUAUUGUAUUGGAUAAAUGCAUUUGAUUUAUUAUGCAAUGGGAAGCAUGGAGAGUGUCUCAUGCUUCUUCUGCCUGCUCUUGAACAUACACUCAGAUGCGUGUUUUGCUCUGUGAACUGCUGUCUAAAUAGAGUUCUUGUUGCUGAGCAGCAUUCACUUUAUACUACAAUGGAUGAAAUUCUGGAUCAACAUUUUGUAAAAUCUGAAGGAUUACGUGAGGAAAAUCAACUAAUACUCCUCUUAGGUCAAAACAUUCUAGAGAUGUUAAUGGAUAUUUUACAUAGUUUUGGAGGACCACGAAUACGAGAUAAAUUGAGUCAUGGCGAGUGUUGUAUUAGUCAGAUUCCAAGUGUGGUCUGUAAUCAUGUGUUUUGUGUAGCUUUAACAGUCUUGCUAAAGCUAGGACCACCCCAAAAUAUAGAUCUGGAAAAAUUACUGACAGAUGUCGAAGAAAAUUUCACUCCAAAGUUCCAUUCUGUAUCACUUUUGAAAUCACAAACAGCAACUGUCCUAGAAAAAGUCAAGGCAUUAAAUUUAGAUUUAAGACUGUUUGGAGGCACAAGGAGUACCUUAACUGACAGUGUGUUAAAACUGAAAUUGGCUUUACUGAAUCAUUCAAUUUCUCAAGUAAGUUGCCCAGGUGAUAUAGUUGACCAUAUUGAUCUUCUUCUAAACAAACCAGUGCGAACACUUUACAGAACCAAGACAGAUAUGUCUAUGAUUGGAUCACUAAGAAAGAUUAUUUCAGCUGUUGAGAAAACUUGUGAUAAUUGUUCUAAUACUCUAAAAUCUAGCCAGCAGUAUCUCAGUCAACACAUGCUCAGAUCCCGACAGAGAGCUACCUUCUCCCGCUUUUUGGAGUUCGUUCCCUCACUUCAAAUUAUAUUUAACUCCAUUCUGUUGAUGGUUAUGUUUCAAUUACACACUUCACCAGAAAUUUUUGCCCAUCCCAAACUUAUGAAAUAUUUACAGCAGUAUUCUGAGAAUAUAGCAUCACUUUCAAAUCAAGGAAAAAAUCGUUGGGUGGAGAUUGAAGAAAAAACAGGAAAAUUUUGUCAAUAUUGCAUCUCUGUUCUCAAUUCAACCCACAAAAUGUGUGAAACAUGUGACUAA